UGGUGCCCCCCAACAGAAAAAAACUGGAGCAUCUCACUCCAUCCAACCUAAGGGCAAGACAGUCAAGUCAAACCCUCUGGCACAUUCAAACAGAACAGAGCCAACAAAGAAAUUAAACACUGAGCCAAGUCGGGAGGAUCGGGCCGCCCUGGCCAUCCAGUGCUUCGUGAGGCAACUGCUGGCUAAGAGAGCGAGGCAGCGAAGAGAGAAGGAGAAGAAGGUGUAUGAGGAGCUCAUGGACCGCCUAGAGAAGGAGGCCUUUGUUACACUGGUGCGCCGGGAGCAGGAGGAAGCGGAACGUGAGAGGAUGAAGGAGGAGGAGGAGAGGAGGAAGAAGAAGGAGGAGCAGCGCUUACGUACACGGCUCCUGGAGGCCGCUUUCGAUGGCGAGGAAGAGGAGAUCCUGGCUGUCCUCAAAGAGGUUACCGAGCGGGAUACGAAGCAAGGUGUGGGGUUUGAUGAAGCGGGGAAACGCCUACGCCUUCUCAGUCAGCUGCGCAUGAUCAACUGCAGUGAUGCCAAUGGCAACACACCACUGUCUGAGGCUGCAGGUGGAGGUCACCCAGAGGUCAUCGCCCUGCUGCUGGAGAGAGGGGGUGAUGUCAACACACAGGUAAGAGAGAGAAAGAUAGAACACUUCGCUGAGGGAUAGACACUUUACAAUUGUGUGUAUAUGUGUGUG